AUGGACCAUAAUAUGCCUAUGCCAGCUUCAUCAAUUACCAAUAAGCCCUCCAACGGCACAUCGAUUUACCAUACAUGUCGCUCAGUGCUAGAUAAACUGUUGCUUGUCGAAGGGAUGAGCGUCUAUUAUUCAACUGUGGCAGAUGGAAACGAUCCUUUAACGAAAUUAUGGGAGUUAUGCAGGAAGGGUUUACCGUUAGCCACAUUAUUCAAUGCUUUAGAGCCCUUAGAACGCCUGACUACGAACAUAAACUGCAAUGAUUUGACAACGAGUCAAUGUAAAAAGAUUAUAUACCAUUUUAUUGUUGCGUGCCGAAACCAACUAUUAUUUAAAGAAGAGGACCUAUUCACACUAUCUGAUUUAUACAAAGACAAUACGAAUGGAUUUGUUAAAGUUAUCAACACAAUCAAUAUAUUACUUAACCUGCUAGAAGAAAAAGGAGUUAUCUGCCUAGACUUUGACAAUGACAGCCAGAAUAGCCUACCAAAAGAUACUCGCGACAAAGUUGUUUUUGAACUAUUAGAAACUGAAAGAAAAUAUGUACAAGAUUUAGAAGUACUACAGGAUUAUAUGCGCGAAUUGCAAGUGCAACAAGUUCUAAACCCCGAUACAAUUCACUAUGUAUUUGGUAAUCUAAAUGAUUUAGUGGAUUUUCAACGUCGAUUCUUAAUUUACUUGGAAGAAAUGGCUGAGAAAACACCUUCAGAACAGAAUUUUGGAUCUAUCUUCCAUCACACAGAAGACCAAUUUGUUCUUUGUUACGAACCUUAUUGUUCUAAUUACUUUUCUGCUCAAGAUAUCGUGCAACAGGAAGCUACUAAAUUAGAGAAAUUAGCCAAUAUUUUAAACCCAGUUUAUGAAUUACCUUCCAUGUUGAUUAAGCCUGUUCAACGUAUUUGUAAAUACCCGCUCUUACUACAACAACUACUGAAAUCAAUGGAUCCUAACUGGCCUUUUGUGGACGACUUGAAAUUGGGCCUGAUCUCUGUGAAACGUGUUACAGAAAAAAUCAAUGAGACCCAACGGAAGCACGAAAACUCAAUUAAGUUGGAAGAGUUCAAGAGGAGAAUCGAUGAUAUGCGAUCUGCACAAAUUGCCCAAUUCGGAGCAUUAUGCUUACACGAGCGAAUAGUCGUAGAUGAAUCAGACAAAGAAAUGUCGGUUUUCUUUUUUGAAAGGACCAUCCUAAUUUGUAAAGAGUCAAGAGACGCGUCCGGUAAUAACAACGAUGGUAACAAUGGCCUUGCAGCUUUAAAGAAGAAGAGAAGAGGUAGUUUACAGCCAAAAGGCAUGAUUGUACUUUCACGUAUCAUAUCAGUAUAUGACAUCUCAAAAGGAGAGGGGUAUUGGUGUCUGCGCAUUAACUGGAAGGAUAAAGAGGAAAUGAACCACACCGUAUUUAAGUUUAGAAACGAAGAACAAGUAAAACUUUGGGAAACAAACCUUAAAAAGAGAAUGCCUGCUAUGAAAUCAGUUAUACCAAAUACCGAACUAGCAUCAACUAAGAAUACGGAUGCAGACGAAGAGAAGAAGUCGAUAAGGUCAAGCUUAUUCAGUACAUUCACGUCCUCAUCGUCUCUAUCCUUUACUUCAACAAACUCCUCUUCUACAACUUCCUCUUCUGCGUCUAUAUCAGGAAGACCACAGAUACCGCGUUACAUGACUGCAGACGAUAAUAGCAGUACAAUGUCUACUACUAAACGCGGCCUCUUACCCAGAUUUAACAGUGCAAACAAUGCGCCCCAAGAACCCUACCAUUACCCAGCUUCACCGCCUCCUUCCAAUCCCUCAUCUCCUACAGCAUCCACUCAUACUUCAUCAUCAACAGUGAGACCUAUCAUUGAUAUCGCAACCAAGUUUAUGUCUCCGUCCUCGUUCUCAUCCAAUAACAGUAGCCACAGCAGCACUAUACAUGACUUUCCUUUACCACCACCACAUAUGACUUCUUUGCCUACAGAAAAUAGCCAUCGUUUGCAUUCGCUAAGCAAUCCCAAGCGUUGGGAUAUAUACCAUCAACAGCAUAUUUACUCUCAAACUCCAUCAUCUCCGCUCGAUUCUCCCACUACUCUCAGCACAUUAUCGUCCUCGCCUACAUCGUAUUUUCACAGUCCUACAAGUACAACGGCAAUGACGGCAGCAACCAAUAUCAAAAUCAAAUUGAACUUUAACCAGGGCAUUUAUGUUAUCAUGUGCUCUUCCCAGGCUACUUUUCAAGAGCUCUUUGAGAAAGUCGAGCGGAAAAUACGACUUGUUACCAAUAUUCAGCCAAGACAGCAUAAAAACAAUGAAAAUGAUGGCCUCAAACUGAAAUAUCAGGAUGAGGAUGGCGAUCUCAUUACCAUCAAUUCUGAUGAAGAUGUUCAAAUGGCUUUCGAGAGUCAGCAAAAUAAGAUAUCAUUAUCCAAUCUCAAUACUACUACUCCUAGUAGUGGAGCUAUUAAUUUAUUUAUCAGUCUUUAA